GAGACAAGGUUGGCAGUAAUCAUAAGAAAUAGAAUCAAAAAAACGAAAGCUAGGGACGAAGGGAGUUUGGGUUCGAUGAUUGUUUGUUUGAGUUAAACACGACAAACCCAAAGACGUGAGCAUUACAACUCAUGUUCUUCUUCCUCUUCUUUUCUUCUCUUCUCUUAUACCCUCCGUUUAGGUAAGAUUCCCAACUUUUCAGAUUCUCUUACCGGUUUUUCCCAAUUCCAUACUAAUCAUCAUUUUAUAGGACAAAGUUGAUUCACUGGAGGAGCCUCAAGAGUUAUGUCUUCAUCUUCUCCUGUUCUUCCCACUCCCAUGGAAAACAAGUAUAUGAAACCUCCUGAUUCUUGUCAGCUUUCACCGCCUGUCAGAGAUCUGACUGCAAAUCCUGCCUCACUGCAAGCUACAUCAUCAAAUUUGAUUAGAAGCGUUGGGCAGAUGUUUUCAUCCCCUGCUGAAUGUCCUGGUGACAUCCCUUUUUCCCCUGCUUCACAGCAUGAUAGGCAAUAUCGAGAUUCUCCCUUCAUUUCUCAGACAUUAGGUGACAAUGCGCCUUCUGAAAUACAUUCAACAACAUACAUUUCUCAUCCUCAAGAAAGGGAUGAUAUUUCCUGGGGUCCAGAUCCGUAUCAGGAUAUUCUUAGUUUUCCUGAAAAUGUUUCUGUCCAGCAUGAUCAGGUGGAAAACAGUGCUUGUUACAUGAAUGAUGACAAUGUCAAAAAAUCUGAUUUUGGGGAGUGGGUUGAUCAGUUAAUGUCUAUUGAUGAUUCUCUUCAGCCAAAUUGGAGUCAGCUUCUUGAUGACAAUGUAGCAGAACCAAAACCAAAGGCGAUCCAGGUUCCCCAGCAACAGCUUAUACCAUCUGGAGAAGUUAAUGGUCUUCCUAAUUCAGCAUCGACUGCACCGCAAACUAAACCUAGAAUGCGUUGGACUCCAGAACUUCACGAGGCCUUUGUAGAAGCAGUCAAUCAGCUUGGUGGUAGUGAGAAGGCUACUCCAAAGGGUGUCUUGAAUCUGAUGAAAGUUGACGGCCUUACCAUCUAUCAUGUAAAAAGCCACCUACAGAAGUAUAGAACUGCCAGAUACAAACCUGAGUCACCAGAGGGAACUUCUGAGAAAAAGAUAACUUCAAUCGAAGAAAUGAAAUCUCUGGACUUGAAAACGAGUAAGGGGAUCACUGAAGCAUUACGGUUGCAGAUGGAACUCCAGAAGCGGCUUCAUGAACAACUUGAGAUUCAAAGAACGUUGCAGAUUCAAAUUGAAAACCAAGGGAAACAUCUGCAGAUGAUAUUUGAGAAGCAGAGAGAGAUGGGUGACAGCAAGGUUAAGGGCUCCUCUUCCCCUUUGGACAAGCUUUCUGCUGCACUAUCUGACACGGUGCUGCCUGCAGACAAUCUAGAAACCUCAAAUGAGGAACAUGACAAAUUUGGAAGCAACAGUAGCCUUCCGAAAGUCAUGCCUGAAGAAAGUUCCCAGGAGGAUGCAAGCAGAAAGCAUAUGGUAGGUGAAGCUGAUGUUAUGGAUAAACAAGAGGCGGUAGAAGAUCAAUAUGCUGCACCACCCACUAAACGGGUGAAGUGUUGAUGACAAGCUCUGAUGUUAUGGAUAAUAUAUGUUUGGAUUACCCUUUCUGCUUAUCAUAAUGACGACACACUCAAUUUGCACAGUAGCUUUCUGGUUUCUGGAUUUGUUUUAUAUUCUUGGACAUGUUUAGACUCUGGGGAGCUUGGGUUAAAGGUGUUGUUGAUGUUGAUGUUUAGACUCCGGGGAACUUGUAAAAAUAUUAUUGGAUCCGGUUAUGUUUUAACUUUUAACUAGGUGGUUAUAACAUUUUAUAAGGUUAUCUGACAACUCAAUGAAUUAUUAUGU